ACCUGAAUUAGCAUAGGCGGAGAUGCAUUUAAGUUUUAGUUUCGAUUAUUUAUUUGGUAAAAAUUAAAUACAUUUGAUAAAAUACAAUUUUUACAUUUCCAGGAUGAAACAGGUCUGGUCCGAGACAAAAACCAUCUGCAGACUCCAAAAUAGUCCAUGAGUCCAUGAAAAAUUUGUUUGUGGGGCAUGGGAGUUAUUUGAAGGGUAUAAGCUCACCCCCACCCCCUCCUAUUCCACGAUCACAGACUAUACUAAUGGGACUUGUAAUCGGACGCAGUUGUCCGUAUAAUAGGUUUUUUCUCCAUCACACAAUAUAUUAUAUAUAAAUCGGUAAGUAAGGUAUUAUAUAUUUAUAUUAUGUACGUCCCUACCGGCUACCAACAUAGUACGUAUAGAUUACAAAACGGGCCUUAUUUUAACCUAACACGUGGAAACGGCAUAAACACGUAAUAAUAUUACAUCGUCAAAUAUAAUAGCAUGUAAUAAAUUUGACACUGAACGGAUUAUAAAUGGUUUUGGUUUAAUGUUUACUAAAAUUAUAAUUCAGAUAUUAAAAAAAAAAACACUGCAAGACUAAAAUGACAGCACGAAUUUUUAUUGAACAAAACUCGUAGAUAGUAGGUACAAACAUUUUUACUAACUUAUUAAACUUUUUAACGAAUGUUUCAAUUCAUGUUUGAAUUUAUGGAAAAAGAAAAAAGUAAAAUUAAUACCUAAACAGUGGGGACAGCAUAGGUCUGGUGUGAAAACUUAAACUAUUCCACAGACUACAAUAGAUACAGCGAUAAUCCAAUCGCAAUGUACGUAUAUUUUCAUUGUACGUGGCAAUAUUUUAUGAAAAUGGUACAUACCUCAUUAUUUCCUCUUUCAGUCAUAACCAUUAGCAAUCAGCAUUUCAGUUUUAAAAUAAAUGCAAUAAAUUAUAAUAAAAAUGAAUGAAAAUGAAAUUUAAAUGUAUAGUAAACAUGUUGCUGAUACAUAGAAAUAUUUAGAGGGUAUAAAAAAGUCGACUUAUAGAAUCACAUCUGACGUGUUCAGGAAUAGGGUAUGGUAAAACGAGUUGCAAAUGAUGACUUAGCAAUCAUUCGAGUCAAACCAUUUCUUAUGACUAUUGCUGUUAAUAUUGUUCAUGUAUCCGAUAAAGGACUUCCAACAAAUGAUUAUAUACCAUGUACGGCAAUAGGUUGGGGAGAAGUUGAUACACCACCUGGCCGACAAAAUACACUCUUACACAAACUUAAAGUAUUUUCUUCAAUGUCUGCCAAAGCAUGUCCAGGCCUUCAAGAUUGGGAGAGGAGAAAAAUCAUUUGCUUACAACAAGAUAAAGGAAAAGGAUUAUGUGACGGUGACUCUGGUGGUCCACUUAUAUGUCAAGGUGAAUUAUAUGGAAUAGCUCAUCAAGUUUACAAAGAAAUAAAAAAUGAAAGUGAACGGAAAGAUUUAGAACGCUGUGGGGCAGCUGGUAUCACUCAUACAUAUAUGUUUGUGUGCCCAUACUUAAAUUGGAUACAUCAAUACAUUCAUACAGUGCCAAACAUGCCGUUAUCAUGUUACUGGAAUACAGAAAAAUAA